AUGGCAUCCACGAUUAGUGACCUUCAAAUUGACUUCAACACAACCAAAGCGACUAACGGUUUGCGACUGGAGGAUUUCGUCGAAUAUAGGAUAUCUCUGAAAAUACAUCUCUAUGUCCUACCAAUCUUGGUAUCGGUCGGAAUACCCGGAAACAUCGUCUCAUUUGUUGUCCUUGUAUUUUCCACCUUCCGAAAGAGCACCACGUCUAUUUACUUAGCCACCAUGGCCAUUCUUGACACGGUGAUUCUUAUUCUGAGCAUUUUGUGGUUCAUCAGCUUUUACCACCCAGAAGUAAAAAUAUUUCGCGAUGGCACGUGCCAGUUCAUCCAUCUUGUUUUCUAUUUCGCCAUCCACUUCAACGUACUGGUGUUGGUCGCCAUGACAGUCGAACGAUUCAUUGCUGUAGUUUUCCCGUUAAAGGCGCCGAGUCUAAUCUCAACGAAAAAGGCGUCCAUUGUGAUAACAGGGAUCGGGCUGUUUUCGUUCGCACUUAAUCUGCACCACGUGUUCACAAAGGGGAUGAUAACGAGUGCUGAUGGUUCUUCAAGUUGUUGGAUUGUCGGUGACGAACCAACCAAGUUCUUCGUCGGGAAAAUCUACCCAUGGAUCGAUUCGUUCAUCUACUCGAUCUUACCCAUGACGUCACUGUUUGUUCUAAACAUAGUCAUGAUAGUGACGAUGAACCGAGCCAUGCAGAGUCGACACACAAUGCACGGCUCUCGUUCAAACAGCAGCGGCGAUGUCGGCCAAAGACAGCUGACAGUGAUGCUACUAUUGGUCUCCUUUGCCUUUCUUGUUCUGACGGGACCAAUGGGAAUCCUGCUUCUGUUGAGUCGGUACACGUGGCAUCCGGAGACGCUUGGGGAGCUGGCGGUGUCGAAGUUGACGCACAGCGUCGUCGACAACAUGAUGUAUGCUAACCACGCUAUCAACUUCGUGUUCUACUGCAUGAGUGGACGCCGGUUUAGGGACGAGGUGAGGAAGAUGUUCUGUUUCACGUGCACGAGGAAAGAGGCGGCGCCGCUACAUCCAGGAACAUUUCAGAAUUCUACAGAGAUGGUGACAUCCGUUUCAACUAUUUUGUAG